AUGGGCGCGCACGAACGCCCAGUGCGCAUCGUCCUGCCCGCGCGGCCCGCUCGCGCGUCGGACGAGGAGCCGGCGCGCGACGAGCUGGUGGCGGGCACAGCCUUCCCCACGGCGCGCUCGCCCACGCGCGAGAACUCGCCCCGCGUGGACCCGCCCUCCGCGUCGAUGAACCAGUCGGCGAACAGGAGCACGGCGCGCCCGAAAGUGCGCGUCGUGCUGCCGCCCCAGCCCGCAGCGGACGCCCCGCGCGCCGCCAGCGACGACGCCGAGACGGAGCCGCGGCCCGCGGUGGAGCUGCCGGAGGCGGAGCCGUCUCCGGCCGAGCCCGAGAAGCGCGCCGGCCCGAAGUACGAGAGCACGCAGCACGGCCACCUGCUGCGCAACAUGUUCGGAACCGUGGAGAUUGACUUUCGCAGCCUGAAGACCAUCCGCAAGCUCGGGCAGGGCGCGUUCGGCGCCGUCUGGCUCAAGGAGCACACGCGCCGCGACGGGUCCACGGAGCUCCUCGCCGUCAAGGAGCUGUCUCCGAGCAAGGAGAUGGACGCUGGCACGUACGCCGACUGGCUGGCGGAGAUCCAGGUGAUGCGGUCGAUCCGGCACCCGUCGAUCGUGGAGUUCCGCGGCAUCGGGACCAUCCGGAACGCGCACGCGCUCUCGCGGUCGUCGGCGCCGCGCCGCACGUCGCUCAGCAAGAAGCUGGAGGACCUCAAGCGCGAGGAGGCCGGCACGGAGAUGGGCGACGUGUUCCUGGCGCAGGAGUACGAGCCCGGGGAGAACCUGCGGACGGUGAUCCUCCACGCCGCGAUGGCGGGCCCGGGGGCCCCGCGGCCGUACGCGUGGCGGGACGCGGCGCGGUGGCUGAGGCAGGUCGCGGGGGGGCUGGCGUACCUGCACGCGUCGCGGCCGCAGGUGAUCCACCGCGACGUCAAGUGCGAGAACCUCCUCACGUCGGACCAGGACCUCUCGCGGGCGGACGUGAAGAUCGCCGACUUCGGCCUGAGCAAGCUGGUGGCGCAGCAGACGGAGGGGACGACGAGGAUGCUGGAGCAGGUGGGGUCGCAGCUGGACCUGCAGCGCGUGGCGGAGGAGAUCGAGGAGCAGGAGGCGGCGGCGGCGGCGGCGGCGGCGGCGGAGGAGGCCGCGGAGGGUCGGUCGGGGCGGAUGGCGCGGCAUAGGCCGGACCGCCCGCACAACCGCGGGAAGCACGCGGCGUACGCGCGGCACGCCGCCAUGGCGACGGAGACCAUGACGGGACGGACGGGCUCGCUGAUGUACAUGGCGCCGGAGGUGUUCCGGUGCGAGAAGACGUACAACGACCGCGUCGACGUGUUCUCGUGGGCCAUGAUCGCGUGGGAGCUCUUCGCGUACCGCCUGCGCGUCAAGGAGUUCAAGAAGCCCUGCGCCGAGGCCCUCUGGGCCUACGCCUCCCGCGUCGCCAACCACGGGGCGCGCCCGGACCUCCCCCCUACGUGGCCCGUGCAGCUCAAGGACCUCCUGCGCCGCGCGUGGGCCCCGCGUGCCAGCGACCGGCCCGCCAUGGAAGAGGUGGUGUCGGAGCUGGACGCGAUGAUCCGCGACGGCGUGCUCGAGACGGAGCCGGAGAAGAGUCCGCCCAGCCAGCCCACGUGCUGCGUGGUGAUGUAG